UUCCGUAUGGCAGUGACGCUCAAAGAUCCAACUGGCAGUGUCGUUCGCUAUGGUCGUUGGUCUCUGAAAGACGCUAACCCCUACUGUGGCAGUGGCAGUGGUAAUUGAGUCCUCAUAUGAACCUGAGAGAGACAGCCAUGGAGAGACCAGAGAGCGGUCUAGAAGGCCCUGUCACCAUGGAAGUGACUGUAGAGAUUCAUCAAGACCACAUUUAUCAAAAACCAGUUCCAGUUGAGGUGCUUAAUGUGUUGCCUAUAGAAGACAUAGCAGAACUGGGUGGUGUCACCAAGAACUGCAAGUAUUGCAGACAACCUGUUAUGUGCUCAGUAAAGCAUAUGCAGGAUCGCCAUUUAAAGCAUGCCAUACAUUUUGAAUCCGAUGGCAUUGAAAAAUUCACCAUUCCCUGUUUUUGUGAAAUGGGAUUGCGAGAGAAGAACAGGUGCCUUUGGCAUUGUCCUAAGUGUCACCAUAUUCUGAGCCGUGCUGAUAGUUUUAAGCGGCACCUUUCCCAACACGGAUUUGAAGUUACUGACCGGGAAGGGAGACCCCAAGUGGUGAAACAGUGUAUCUACCCCACGGAAAGGACUCCAGAGAGGAAUGAUGAACACAUUAGUCAGACUGACAAGUCCUCUUAUGAACCUGAGGGCGAGAGAGCUGGGGAGAGACCAGAGAGUGAUCUGGAUGGCUCUGGCCCGAUGCAGAAUGACGAAGACAUAGACGAGCUUGUAGGGAAGGCUGCUGACAGCAUGGAAGUAGCUGCAGGAAUUCCUGAAGACCACAUGUAUCUUAAGACUGACUAUAAAUCUAGAGAAAAGAAGGUUCCAGUUGAGCUGCUUGCUGUGUUGCCUACAGAAGACAUAGAAGAACUUGGUGGUGGCACCUAGAACUGCAAGUAUUGCAGACAACCUGUUCUGUGCACAGCAAAGCAUAUGAAGGAUCGGCAUUUAAAGCAUGCCAUACAUUUUGAAUACAAUGGCAUUGAAAAAUUCAUCAUUUCCUGUUUUUGUGCAAUGGGAUGGCGCGAGAAAAACAGGUGCCAUUGGCAUUGUCCUACGUGUCCACUUACUAUAAGCCGUACUGAUGCUUUUAAGGUUCACCUUUCCCAACAUGGUUUUAAAAUCAUGAAGAUUAAAAAGAAAUACAAAGAAGUACGACUGCUGAAGCACCAAGGCCCAGCAUUUGACGAGGAAGACCUAGAAAAGCUUGUGAGGCAGCCCGCUGACAUCAUGGACACGACGGCUGAGCUUCCUGAUGAGGUGUCCUCAAAAGAGAAUAAAGCGCGAAGUGGUGGCACCAUGAACUGCAAGUAUUGCAGUAAACCUAUCCGCUGCACACAAAAGCACAUGCACUUUCGGCAUUUAAAUCAUGCCAUACAUUUCGAAGCCAGUGGCAUUAAAAAAUUCACCUUUCCCUGUUUUUGUAAAAUGGGAUCGCUGGAGAAGAACAGGAGCCAUUGGCAUUGUCCUACGUGUAGUCUUGUUCUGACACGCACCGUCAGCUUCAUGAGACACCUGUCCACACACGGUUUUAAAGUCAGCAAGCAGGAACAGCAUAAAAAGGGUACCGGUUUUAAAGUCAGGGCACAGGAAUACCGUAACAAUGGUUCAGGUUUCAAAGUCAUGGAGCACAAACACCGUAAAAAAGCAUCUUCCUGUGUCAAAGACAAGUCCUCGCAUGAGCCUGAGCAAGAGCGAGAGAGAGAGAGAGCUGAGGACACACGGUGGAGCGACCUGGAGGGCCCUGAGCCCUUAUCAGAUGAGGAAGACCCAGACAUGCUCGUACGGCCCACUGACCCAAAGGACACGGCUCCAGAAAUCCUAAGUCGUAAACACAUUAGACAGCCAUAUCUGUCUACGUGAAAGUGUGCCGUAUCUGCAGUCAUCCCGUGAGGUUUCAGGACUACCGGUCAGGAUUCCAUAAUUUCAACAGCAAAACAAUCGUAACAAUUCCUCUCUGUUCCCUGCUGACAGCAGGACUUGGGAAUCACAUUGCCAUAGGGCAGCUCAUUCAAACGUUGGAGAGCCAUUUGUCAAUGGGCCUCCCUGUGGAUGAGAUCAGAAGGGUGUUCCAUCACUUCAACGCACUCAGGCAGCACGAGUACUCCUAUUGCUGUGUCCGGUGUGGCCCCAGCCCUCCUGUUCUCAUUGCAGACGCUGACUGUAAGGUCUUGUUUGAUGUGCCAGGUGACCACUUCAAGCGUCCAUACAGAAACCAUGUUAAACCAGAGGAUACAGCCGUUAAUAUGCGAGACCGGUGGCAGACCCUUGAGAAACGCAUGGUCGCUGCUGGACUUUGUGAUGGUGCCAAGGUUGCCAAUCCAUACACCUGUCCUGUCACAUACUCCUCCUUCACACCAUGGCUUGGUGAGGAGGUCCGAGUGAGUGAUGUCGUCCCGAAGACUGAAGUGCUGAAAGGUUUAUUUCAAAAGGGCCAAUCACCUUCCUCGGAGAUUGUCUUUGCGACUGAUGAGGAAGCCGCCAUACUGAAAGUGUUGGAAUCAAAUUCACCAAAGAGGAGUGACCUGGUGAAGGCAUGCAAUGGCCUCGGAGUCCCUCUCUCUGGCAGCAUCAGUGAUUUAAUGCACAGACUGAAGGAGCUCCUGCUUUAUAAGGAGCUGCACCCGAACAUGUUUGUCAAACUUCAAAAGGCUGGUGGUGGCAUAUUCUACUUGACCUGCAUCCAUUCUGUUGUAUAUUAUCACUCUCCAUUGUGGUGGCCAGAGUCGGCGCGGGACCAUGGGGAUGCUCUGUUAAGUUUCAAGCACCCUCCCACUGUAGUUAUUUCUGAUAUUGCGGGGCGAGUGGCAAAGCAUGUGAACGAUCGCACAGAUCUGCGCUUUUUCCAACCAAACGAUGGCUGUCUGUGUGAUGACAGUGAGGAAAAUGUGCAGGCCGCAAAGGAGAAAUGGCUAAAGGCCCGUUUGCCAUGGGUCACAGGUGCCGGCGUGACGCCCCAGGCCACCUGUGCAGACACGUUCCCCUGCAGUGACCGAUACUCUACACCGCACCCCGUGACGGGCACCGAUGCGAGGUUCUCUUUGUAUCCUCACCUGCAUCAAAGGAACCCAAAGCAUCCAGAGGAGUUGCUGAGGAACCUGGAGCUGGCUCCUGAUUUAGCCGCGCUGGUCAACUCUUCCAUGACAGAGCCGCUGAGCAGGGAGCUCUGCUUCAGCCGCCAUCACUUCGGCCACAUGGAGGAGGACCAUUACAAGUUCUCCUUGCGCCUGUAUUUUCACCUCCACAAUCUCACACUCAACAAGAGACACACAAACGCCCUGCAGCAGCAAACACAGACACCCCGGCAUAUUAGUGAUGACGCAGAGGAAGGCCAAGCGACUGGAAUGGACUCUGGCUGACCAGGGUCCCGCAGUCCUCUGAAAAGAAACAGGGAGGAGUUGGAGGCUACUUAAGAUGACCACUGCUACAUCAAGUAUUGGAAAGGAAUCCAUGGCAACAAGCCUUGCUACCCAAGCCCUCAGUGCUUUUGUAAAUAAAUCUUUAUAAAUAUAUGUUUAGGUGUAACUAAAUAAAAAGUUCUGGACUUGCAAUACAA